GACAAAUCUCCAUAAUUGCGUGUUUCGCUUUCUCCGAGUACAUUGCCACACCCACCCCGUCGUCGGCAUUUGUCGUCGCGUCGCUACUCAUAAAGACGCCCUGCCCCAGGCACACCCGCCUCUUCAUUCUUAUUGUCUAUCAUUGUCCUCCCAUUGUGCUUUCUGUUGUUCCCUUUUUGUCUGGAACACCAAUGCCCAUCUGUACCAUCAAAGACAAUACUGUUCACAAUCAGAAAGAAAAAAAAAACCAUCAACCGCCCUCAUAGAAGCAAUAUUCAUAUUGAUCAUUCGGCACGCCAACCAACCACCCUAUUCGCGCUGCCCGCGACAAUGCCAAGAUGAAAGCUUUAGUCCCGAACAGCUCCCAUUCAGACCUCUCAUUCUCUGACUCCUCUUCUUUAUCACCUGCCACACAGUAGCAGCUGGACUGCCGCGCUGUUCAUUCACACAUCGAAAAACGCUAUUCAUUUCUUCGCUAUAUAUCCCUCGCCCUUUCAAUCUUCGGCAACUUGCUCGAAAACCUCUUAUAUAAUCGCAGUUCUCAAAGCACAUUCUAGUUACCCAGAAAUCAGAAAUACUACACCAAAAAUAGAGAGCAAUCUCUCCCGCAAACACACACCACAUAGUCGCAGGACGACAAUCUUACUACCUAGCCAUGCAUCCCACCGCCCUCCUCACCCUCCUCUCCCUCCUCCUCCCGGGCACAUCAGCACACACCUGGAUCGAGCAACUCCGCCUCAUCAACCCCAACGGCACAUUCACCCCCUCCCUCGGCUACCCGCGCGGCAUGGUACCCCGCUCCUCCCCCUUAUUCUCCGACGCAGUACUGACGCACCUGCUCCCCCCCAACGGCCGGUCCCCUCAUAAAAUUCUCUCUACCGACCCUAUGUGCAUGCUCUCGCAAUCUGUUCCGGGCCUCAACACACCUGGCUUACCGCGUCUGCCGGCUGGGAAGGGGGAUCAUGUCGCGCUGAGGUAUCAGGAGAAUGGGCAUGUGACGAUCCCGGAGACGAAUCCGGGGAAGCCGAAGAAUCGCGGGACGGUGUAUAUCUACGGCACUGAGAAGCCGCUGGUGACUGACAAAUUCAUGGAUAUCCACAAGGUGUGGACCGCGGAUGGGAAAGGGGGUGAUGGCCGCGGUGUGCUGUUGGCGACGAGGAAUUAUGAUGAUGGGCAGUGUUACCAGGCUAACAGCCACCCGAUCUCGUUGCAGCGACAGAAGCAGUUCCCUAAGGAGGCGAAUGCGGAGAUGGGCGUGAAUCUGUGGUGUCAGAGCGAUGUCAAGCUGCCGGCUGAGAUUGGGAGUAAGCAGUACACGCUGUACUGGGUUUGGGACUGGCCGACGGCGGCGAUCAAUGGGGCUGAGGCGAUGCCGGAGGUUUAUACGACUUGUAUGGAUGUUGACAUCUCGUCUUCCACGGGGGCAUCGGCGAAACUUACCUCGGAGAAGGGGAGUGUGCAGUUUGUUGAGGGCCAGGAUAUAAAUAAUGCGGGGAUUAAGGGGGAGAUGGAGGAGCAGUUUAUUGUUCCUGUUGAUGGCAGCACGGGAGGGUCGAGCAGUGGAGAGUCGAAUGCCAAAUCAGCGGCUGCUACCCCAAUCAAGUCGAGUGCCACCCCACCCGUGGGAGGCGCGACAGUUACAGUCACAGCCCCAGGAACCAUGAUAACCGUCACCGUCACCGCCAACGCCCCAGCAAACACGCAAACUCGACCGUCAUCAGUACAGCAACAACAAUCCAGCGUCUCCCCAACCCGACCCAUCGUCACGCCGUUCCUUACUACCACACCGACACCCACUUCGGCGUCGGGGGCCAGGAUGGGCACAGUGACAGAGGUGGUGGAGGAGACGGUUACGGAGACGCAGACGAUGGUUAUGCAGAUGGGUGGUGUUUAUACAGCCCGCCCUGAGUCGGAGACUGCGUCUGCGGUGCCGAGGAUUAGGGGUAGGGCGCCGAGGGGUUUUUGAGUUGGAUCCAGGAUGGAUGAGGAAAUUUGUGAGACGAGUGGUGGGAUGGUUGGGAGGUGGUUUGAUCUUUUUUUAAGGGCG